GGAACUCAAGGUGACGGCUUUUUUGUCAUCGGCGAGGCGGCCUGUCGACACGUUUGGGAGGUUCAAGUCACGGCGCCCACGGGCUUUGACUCUUCCCGGGCUGUCAUGCGUGGGAAACAGGCACGCCUAUGGAAACAAAACCUACUGGUUGUCUAAGACGACUGAAGAUGGGAUUGAAGGUUCUUGAUGGCAGCUUUACGGUACACCAACCCGCAAGAGAGUCAUGCUUCGUUGUUAGUGCAUCCCGUCUAGCAGCGAAUCUGGAAAAGAACACAUCUCUCCAAAGGCAACCUGCUGUUCAGUCUGCCAAUAAAGAUUUUGGGGGAUGCGUCGACGUUUGGUUCCUCUGUGUCGCUUCGGAAUGGGGCCAAAGAUAACGUAUAGUGGAAACUG